GGCAGGCGGAAGACGCGAAGGAGCGAGGGCUGCGGCGGCCCCGGCGGAGCGAGGCAAGGGGCGCGGGCGCUCUUCGCGCUCGUCGCGCUCGCCUCGCUCCGGGCGGUGCGGGUCAUGGCUCCGCCCCUGGCUCCCGGCCGGGACCGUGCGAGCCGGGAGAAUGAGGACGGCUGGGAGACUCGGGGGGACCGCAAGGCCCGGAAGCCCCUGGUGGAGAAGAAGCGGCGCGCGCGGAUCAACGAGAGCCUUCAGGAGCUGCGGCUGCUGCUGGCGGGCGCCGAGGUGCAGGCCAAGCUGGAGAACGCUGAGGUGCUGGAGCUGACGGUGCGGCGUGUGCAGGGCACGCUGCGGGGCCGGGCGCGCGAGCGCGAGCAGCUGCAGACGGAAGCAAGCGAGCGCUUCGCGGCUGGCUACAUCCAGUGCAUGCACGAGGUGCACACGUUCGUGUCCACGUGCCAGGCCAUCGAUGCCACCGUCGCCGCAGAACUCCUGAACCACCUGCUCGAGUCCAUGCCUCUGCGCGAGGGCAGCAGCUUCCGGGAUCUGCUGGGGGACGCCCUGGCCGGGCCUCCGGGAGCCCCUGGGCGAAGCGGCUGGCCCACGGGAGGGGUCCUGGGGUCCCCUCUGCCCAGUCCCCCAGGCCCCGGGGACGACCUGUGCUCCGACCUGGAGGAGGCCCCCGAGGCUGAACUGACCCGAGCACCUGCUGAAGGGCCAGACUUGGUGCCAGCGGGCCUGGGCAGCCUGACCUCUGCCCGCAUAGCCCAGAGCGUCUGGAGGCCUUGGUGACUAACACCAGCCCGAGGUUUGCGAGGGUGGGCGUGGCGUUCCCUUGCACUGUUCCCUCCUCCCUGUGGUCCAGAUGUGGUGGGGCAGGGGCCCUGGCUGUCUCCCAGGGCUGCCUGCUCUCUUCCUCCAGUGGCUGGGUUGCAGGGCAGUCCGGGAUGAUCAGCCCAGUCAGGCCCCUAGCCCUGUUUCUUAAGGAAGUAUCUCUUAUGGACCCCACAGUCCCCCCCCCCCCCCGGGUGGAGGGCAGGAGCUUACAGGCAGGAGGAGGAAUCUUACGGAACCAGGGUUCUCCAGGGUUUCACUGUCCCAGCCUUCUCAGGUACUGUGUGGAUCUGGGGGCAGAGGUGACCAGAAUGGUGCCGAAGCCCUUCUCGGGCCUGGGCACUAGUGACGGGACAGAGGGACACCUCAGACCCUGACAGCCCUGGCCUGAGCAGAAGCUUGAACUUGCCACUUGAGUCAGGACACAGGAGAGGCAGGUGCUUCCUCCACCUGCCAGAGAGAAGCAAAGCUCCCUGGACGUCUUGAGUCUGUGUAUUAGGUUACCAUCAAAUGUUCCAGUUUUCUUAAAUAAAGCAUUUUGGAGAGUUAGCUACCCU